AUGACACUCCUCUCACACCCUCCCCCACCCCCUCCCCCUCCGCGCGAGAAACACAUCUUCCGCACCCUGCGCACCGCGACAUCCACCUCGUGGCCGGGAAUCUGCGGCUCGGGAGUCUGGAUCUUGUGUUUCGCCCUGCUACUCAGCUGCGGGUACUUCGGCGCCAUGCUCGCACUGGGAUUAGAGUUACUGAAGAUGGGCUCCCACGUGCAAUGCCGCCUGCCGUCGUCGGAUGCGGCGUUCAGCCAGAAGCUGCCGGUGACGUAUACGGCGGUUGAUGGAAUGAGGGUGGGGGAUUUGGGGGAACAGAUGGGGAAAAUGAAUAUUGUCUUGAUAUCCGCCAUCUUCCCGCUAUUCCCCAUCCUGAUCCUCCCCCUCCUCAUCACCCUGCAUUUCUGCCGCUGCGGGAUACGCAACCGGACGGGCAUGGGGUGGGCAAUUUUCCUGGGUGUGUUUGAGCUGGGCAAUGUGUUUAAUGCAGAUGUUGUAGGCGUGGACGAGAAGGCAGGGAAAUGGUACACGCGCUGCUCCCUCACCCCCUCCGAACUCUCAACUUUCAUCCACAAACGACAUGUGCGAUGGAGUCUGGGUACUGCGGCGCAGAUACUCAGUGGCGUGGCUUGUUUAUGUUCCAUCCUCUACUUCUCCCUCGCCGUCCUCGCGGCCUACAAAAACCGCUUUGCUGCCCAGUCUGCCAGUAUCCGCAUGGACGCGCUGGCGCAACAAUCGCCGUACAAUGAGGAUCACCUGCCGACGCGGAUGUCGACUGAUCGGCCGGAUGGACCGAGUCCGGCGCUGUAUAAUACCGCUGGGGCAAUGCCGGUGGCAGGGUUGGGCGUGGGGAGGGGGAGGGUUGUGGUGAGGGAUGUUUGA